CGCAAAACAACUCGGGUUUUCGGGCAUGGAAUACACGGAUAUACGGAAAUGGCUGCUCUAACAUCUACGCCCUUCUUCUGGUUUGGCUACUUGUGUGUCGUCCUGUUUGUGUCUGCAGACCAGAAAAUCAUCACAGCUGAGUCUGGUCUGAACAUCAUUCUGCCAUGUCAAGCUCUGAACAACAACAACAUAGUUGUGGAGUGGAGCAGAUCUGUGCAGGAUAAACAAUAUGUCUUUGUUUAUCGGGAUGAGCAGUUUGAUCCAGACAACCAGCAUCCAUCUUUUAAGAACCGGGUGGAUCUGCAGGACAGACAGAUGAAGGAUGGAGACGUGUCUUUGAUUCUGAAGAAUGUGACGAUUCAUGAUAGUGGAAACUAUGAGUGUCGUGUUUUAAUGAGAGAAACACGAUCAUGGAAAUCAAUCAACAACAUCACCCUGAGAGUUGUUGUUCCUCCAGGUCAGACAGGAGGAUCUGUUGGACUGGUCGUUGGUCUGUCAGUUUCUGCUGUGCUUCUUGCUGUUUUUGGUUGUUUGAUCUACAGAAUACGUAAAAAAACACAAAAUCAGGGUUCAUACUAAGAUCUCUUUGGAUCUACAGAAAUCAUAAACAGAGCCACAUUUCAUAUGAGCCUCGAGAUGAAACUAAAAUCAAUGGAUAUGUUCGUCACAAAAUUAUUUAAAAAAGAAAAAUAAUUAAGCCAAAGACCAGUUUAAAAAAAGUAGAGAGUCAUUGCAUGUACCUACAUAUAUAUGAAUAUAUAUAUAUAUAUAUAUAUAUAUGGUUGCUAUCCAAAUGGUUGCUAUGACCAUCUGGAGCUGAAGCUUAAUAAAUGAGCAGCCUAGACCAGAAAUUUUGAAACACUCCAAAAACUCAGGGCAUAUUGUUCCUACAACUUUUUGUUUUGUCAUUUUAAGAUUAUGAUUAUUUAUUUCAAUUUCUUUUUCUAUAAGUGCAAAAUUAUCAAACAAAUUUGCAUUCUAAUCCACUACAUUCUCCAUUUCAUGUUUCAUCUGUAAAUGUUUUUAAACAUUUCAAAUGUAGAAGUGAUUAUAUUUACAUUUCUUUUCUUAUAAGUGUAAAAUCAAACUAUCAAACACAUUUGCAUUGUAAUCCACUACUGUCUCCAUUUUACUUUUCAUAUGUUUUAAACAUUUCAAAUAUAGAAGUAAAAUUUUAAGUACAGAUCAAUCUGUUAGUGUGUUUAUUUUUGUUAGGUUAUCUCUGUGUGACCCAAGGACUGCAGUGUGUACUUACUUUUAGUGUCCUGGCUAGUUUUAUUGGCAAGAGGAAAAACUCUGUUACACAAAUUCAUAAAUCCAGUCUUGCUUUUGUUACAUUUUCAGAAUCAAUGAAUGUUUCAGCAGCUGAAAGAUCAAACCUGUUGUGUCAGGUUUAACCCUGGUACAGUCAAUUUACAAACAGUGACUGAACAAACUGACAAUACAAACACUGUAUGUGACGAUGAGUGUAAAUUGUUUAUUGAUUAUACACGAUUACUAAUCUAAUAGUGUAAUUAUGGGCGACCGUGGCUCAGGGGGUUGGGAAGCACAUCUGUAACCGGAAGGUCGCCUAUUCGAUCCCUGGGCUCUCU